UCAUUCCUACCCUACCUGUGUUCACACCUACUUUAUAUGAGUGAAACACAGAGCCCAAUAAAAAUAUGGUCCUCCAAAUUCCAUUAGCCUAAAUGAAAAGCUCAUAACCCAAAAACUGAACAUGAAAAGUCCCAUAAUGUUUCCAGCAACCAUGACUGAGAUGUUUACAACUAUGGGUUCUACCUUAGCUAGUUUUAUGUUUGUAUGGGCAAUCAUUCGCCAAUACUGUCCAUAUGAGCUUCGUCGUUUCUUUGAAAAAUAUACACAACAAAUCACAGGUUACUUCUAUCCUUACAUAAGGAUUUCUUUCCAUGAGUUUGCAGGAGAUAGGCUUAAGCGUAGUGACGCCUAUUCAGCUGUUGAGGCAUAUCUUAGUGCUAACUCUUCCAAGAGUGCUAAAAAGCUCAAAGCUGAGAUGGGUAGAGAUAGUAGAAAAUUGGUGCUGAGCAUGGAUGAGUAUGAGAGGGUUACUGAUGAUUUUCGUGGUGUUAAGGUUUGGUGGUUGUUAAGCAAGUCAGUGUCAGCAGCAAGGCAGAAUUCAUAUUAUCCUGAACAAGAGAAGAGGUUCUACAAGCUCACAUUUCAUAAGAAGCACCGUGAUAUUAUCACUGAGAAAUACUUGGAGCAUGUUGUGAGUGAAGGGAAGGAGAUUAGGGUGAGGAAUAGGCAAAGGAAGCUGUAUACUAACAGUCCUGGUUACAAGUGGCCAAGUUACAAGCAAACUAUGUGGAGUCAUAUUGUGUUUGAGCACCCAGCAAGCUUUGAAACUUUGGCUAUGGACCCAGAGAAGAAGGAGGAGAUUAUAGAAGAUUUGAGAACUUUUAGCAAGAGUAAGGACUACUAUGCAAAGAUUGGGAAGGCUUGGAAGAGGGGUUAUUUACUAUAUGGCCCACCAGGGACUGGAAAGUCUACAAUGAUUGCAGCAAUGGCAAAUUUGUUGAACUAUGAUAUCUAUGAUCUUGAGCUCACAGCAGUGAAGGACAACACAGAGUUGAGGAAGCUUUUGAUUGAGACAACUAGUAAGUCUAUUAUUGUGAUAGAGGAUAUUGAUUGUUCACUUGAUCUUACAGGUCAGAGGAAGAAGAAAUCAGAGAAAUCUUCAGACGAUGAGAAUGACAAGAUGAGUAAAGAAAUUGCUAAGAAGGAAGCAAAGGAAGAGAAUGGUAGCAAAGUCACUCUUUCAGGGCUUUUGAAUUUCAUUGAUGGGCUGUGGUCUGCUUGUGGGGGAGAGAGGUUGAUUGUUUUUACUACUAAUUAUGUGGAGAAGCUGGAUCCUGCACUCAUAAGAAGGGGUAGAAUGGACAAGCAUAUUGAGCUGUCUUACUGUACUUUUGAGGCAUUCAAGGUGCUUGCAAAGAACUACUUGAGUCUUGAAAUGCAUCCCAUGUUUGAUACAAUUCAGACGUUAAUAGGAGAGACCAAGAUCACGCCUGCUGAUGUUGCCGAGAACCUUAUGCCCAAGUCCUCACUGGAUGAUGCAGAGAAAUGUCUAUCAAGCCUAAUACAAGCUCUUGAGGAAGCGAAGGAAGAGGCAGCAAAGGAAGAAGCAGCAAAGAAGGAAAAGGCAGCAGAGAAAGAAAAGGAAGCAAAGGAAGAGGCAGCAAAGAAAGAGAAAGAAGCAAAGGAGGAGGCAGCAGAGAAGGAAGAGGCCGCAAAGGAAGAGGCAGCAAAGAAGGAAAAUGCAGCAAGGAAGAAAGCUGGAAUAAAAGAGAAUGGCCCAACCAAGGAAGAUGCUUUUCAGUCUCAAGUUGACAAAGAAACUGAAAAUGUAUUGUGAGUUAGCGAUGCCACCAUGUUUUUUGAAAUAACUACUAUAAAUUUCUUCAGGCAAGGGUCAUAGUGACAUGUUGUUCACUUGUAGAAAUUACAAAUAUAUCUGUGUGCAAAUACUUCAUGCAGAAUCCUGUUCUAUCAAUGUAUAAGAGCAAAAGCAGUAACAUAAGCACUUUUUUA